AAAAUGUCAAAAAUUAGAAGAAAGGUCACAGUGGAAAAUACCAAGACCAUAUCUGAUAGCACAUCUCGAAGACCCAGUGUAUUUGAGAGGCUUGGACCCAGCACUGGCAGUACAGCAGAGACACAGUGCCGUAACUGGCUGAAGACUGGCAACUGCCUCUAUGGAAACACAUGUAGAUUCGUACAUGGCCCUUCACCUCGUGGUAAAGGUUAUAGCAGCAAUUAUAGAAGGUCACCAGAAAGACCUACAGGGGAUCUUAGAGAAAGAAUGAAGAACAAGCGCCAAGAUGUGGACACUGAGCCCCAGAAACGAAGUACAGAGGAGUCAUCCUCACCUGUUAGGAAAGAAUCUUCAAGAGGGAGGCAUAGGGAGAAGGAAGACAUAAAAAUCACUAAGGAAAGAACUCCAGAAAGUGAAGAAGAAAAUGUAGAAUGGGAAACUAAUAGAGAUGAUUCUGACAAUGGAGAUAUUAAUUAUGAUUAUGUUCAUGAAUUGUCAUUGGAAAUGAAGCGUCAGAAGAUACAGAGGGAAUUAAUGAAGUUGGAGCAAGAAAACAUGGAGAAGAGAGAAGAAAUUAUCAUUAAAAAGGAGGUUUCACCAGAAGUAGUUAGAUCAAAAUUGUCUCCAUCACCUUCUUUAAGAAAGUCUAGCAAGUCUCCAAAGCGAAAAUCAAGCCCCAAGUCAUCUUCAUCUAACAAGAAAGAGAGGAAGACAUCUGUAGUAUCUUCUCCCCUGUUGGACCAGCAGAGGAAUUCAAAAAGCAACCAAAGUAAAAAGAAAGGACCACGUACUCCUAGUCCACCCCCUCCUAUACCAGAAGAUAUUGCUCUGGGGAAAAAAUAUAAAGAAAAGUACAAAUUAAAAGACAGGAUAGAAGAAAAACCAAGAGAUGGAAAGGACAGAGGACGAGAUUUUGAAAGACAAAGAGAAAAAAGAGACAAGCCAAGAUCUACUUCCCCAGCAGGACAACAUCAUUCUCCUAUAUCUUCUAGGCAUCACUCGUCUUCCUCACAAUCGGGAUCAUCUAUUCAAAGACAUUCUCCUUCUCCCCGUCGAAAAAGAACUCCUUCACCAUCUUAUCAAAGGACGCUAACUCCACCUUUACGACGCUCUGCUUCUCCUUAUCCUUCACAUUCUUUGUCUUCUCCUCAGAGAAAGCAAAGUCCUCCAAGACAUCGCUCUCCAGUGCGAGAGAAAGGGAGGCAUGAUCAUGAACGAACUUCACAGUCUCAUGAUCGACGUCAUGAAAGGAGGGAAGAGACUAGAGGCAAAAGGGAUAGAGAAAAGGACCCAAGAGAAGAACGAGAGUAUGAACAGGAUCAGAGCUCUUCUAGAGACCACAGAGAUGACAGAGAACCUCGAGAUGGUCGAGAUCGGAGAGAUACCAGAGAUACUAGAGACCGAAGGGAACUAAGAGACUCCAGAGACAUUCGGGACUCCAGGGAGAUGAGGGAUUAUAGUAGAGAUACCAAAGAGAGCCGUGAUCCCAGAGAUUCUCGAUCCACUCGUGAUGCCCAUGAUUACCGAGACCGUGAAGGUCGAGAUACUCAUCGAAAAGAGGAUGCAUACCAGGAAGAAUCCCGAAGUUAUGGCAGAAACCAUUUGAGAGAAGAAGGUUCUCGUACUGAAAUAAGGAAUGAUUCCAGAAAUGAGUCUCGAAGUGAAAUUAGGAAUGACCGGAUAGGCAGAAGUAGGGGGAGAGGUCCAGAGUUACCUGAAAAAGGAAGUCGAGGCACAAGAGGUUCUCAAAUUGAUAGUCACAGUAGUAGUAACUAUCAUGACAGCUGGGAAACUCGAAGUAGCUAUCCUGAAAGAGACAGAUACCCUGAAAGAGACAACAGAGAUCAAGCAAGGGAUUCUUCCUUUGAGAGAAGACAUGGAGAGAGAGACCGUCGUGACAACAGAGAGAGAGAUCAAAGACCAAGCUCACCAAUUCGACAUCAGGGAAGGAAUGACGAGCUUGAGCGUGAUGAAAGAAGAGAGGAACGAAGAGUAGACAGAGUGGAUGAUAGAAGAGAUGAGAGGGCUAGAGAGAGAGAUCGAGAACGAGACAGGGAGAGGGAGAGAGAGAGGGAACGUGAACGAGAUCGGGAAAGAGAAAAAGAAAGAGAACUAGAAAGAGAGCGUGCUAGGGAACGGGAAAGAGAAAGAGAAAAAGAGAGGGACCGUGAAAGAGACAGAGAUCGUGACCAUGAUCGAGAGAGGGAAAGAGAGAGGGAGCGAGAAAGGGAAAAAGAACGGGAGCGAGAGAGAGAAGAAAGAGAGAGGGAGAGAGAAAGAGAACGAGAGAGAGAACGAGAACGGGAACGAGAAAGAGCAAGGGAAAGAGAGAAAGAACGAGAGCGUCAGAGGGAGUGGGAAGACAAAGACAAAGGAAGAGAUGACCGCAGAGAAAAGCGAGAAGAUAUCCGAGAAGAUAGGAAUCCAAGAGAUGGACAUGAUGAGAGAAAAUCAAAGAAGCGCUAUAGAAAUGAAGGGAGUCCAAGCCCUCGGCAGUCACCAAAGCGUCGGCGUGAACAUUCUCCCGACAGUGACACCUACAACAGUGGAGAUGAUAAAAAUGAAAAACACAGACUCUUGAGCCAGGUUGUACGACCUCAAGAAUCUCGUUCUCUCAGUCCAUCACACCUUACAGAAGACAGGCCAUGUAGAUGGAAAGAGGAGGAUCGUAAACCAGAAAGAAAAGAGAGUUCAAGGCGCUAUGAAGAGCAAGAACUCAAAGAGAAAGUUUCUUCUGUAGAUAAACAGAGAGAACAGACAGAAAUUAUGGAAAGCUCAAGAACACGUGCACAAGACAUUAUAGGACACCACCAGUCUGAAGAUCGAGAUACAUCUGAUCGAGCUCAUGAUGAAAGCAAGAAAAAAGCAAAAAUUCAAAAGAAACCUAUUAAGAAAAAGAAAGAGGAUGAUGUUGGAAUAGAGAGGGGUAGCAUAGAGACAACAUCUGAAGAUGGUCAAGUAUUUUCACCAAAAAAAGGACAGAAGAAGAAAAGUGUUGAAAAAAAACGUAAAAGAUCCAAAGGUGAUUCUGAUAUUUCUGAUGAAGAAAUAGCCCAGCAAAGUAAGAAGAAAAGAGGCCCGCGGACUCCCCCUAUAACCUCUAAAGAGGAAUUGAUUGAAAUUUCCAAUGAUAAAGAUGACACCCUAGAGGAUCUUCAGAAAAAAGAAGAUACAGCAUUCAGUGACUGGUCUGAUGAGGAUGUGCCUGACCGUACAGAAGUGACAGAACCAGAGCAUGCUGCCACUGCUGCUACUCUUGGUAGUACCCCUUCUCCUCUAUCUUCUCUUCUUCCUCCUCCGCCUCCUGUGGCUACUGCCACUGCUGCAACUGCCCCUGCUAAUCUUUCCACUACUGCUGCAGCCACCUCCUUCAGCACAUCUGCCACCACCAUUUCUGCUUCUGCCACCCUCACCAAUACCACCAGUACCACUUUUGCCAAUGAAGACUCACAUAGAAAAUGCCACAGAACACGAAUGGAGAAAGUAGAGACACCUCAUGUUACUAUAGAAGAUGCACCGCAUCGCAAGCCAGUGGAUCAAAAGAGGAGUAGCAGCCUUGGGAGCAAUCGGAGUAAUCGUAGUCAUACAUCUGGUCGUCUACGCUCCCCAUCCAAUGAUUCUGCCCAUCGAAGUGGGGAUGACCAAACUGGUCGAAAGAGGGUACUGCAUAGUGGCUCAAGAGAUAGAGAAAAAACAAAAAGCCUGGAAAUCACCGGAGAAAGAAAAUCUAGGAUUGAUCAGUUAAAGCGUGGAGAACCCAGUCGAAGUACUUCUUCAGAUCGUCAGGAUUCAAGAAGCCAUAGUUCAAGAAGAAGUUCUCCUGAGUCAGAUCGACAGGUCCAUUCAAGAUCAGGGUCAUUUGAUAGCAGAGAUAGGCUUCAAGAACGAGAUCGCUAUGAGCAUGAUAGAGAGCGGGAGAGAGAAAGGAGAGAGACAAGGCAGAGAGAGUGGGACCGAGACGCUGAUAAAGACUGGCCACGAAACAGAGAUCGAGAUAGAUUGCGGGAGCGAGAGAGAGAACGAGACAAAAGGAGAGAUGUGGACAGGGAAAGAGAGAGACUAAUUCCUGAUUCUAUGGAAAGGGACAGGGACAGAGACAGAACUUUUGAGAGUUCUCAAAUAGAGUCAGUGAAACGCAGUGAAGCAAAACUGGAGAAUGAACUUGAAAGAGACCUAGAAGGCACUUCCCGAGACUCUGUAGCUUUGGAUAAAGAAAGAAUGGAUAAAGAUCUGGGAUCUGUGCAGGGAUUUGAAGAUAUAAACAAAGCUGAGAGAACUGAGAGUAUGGAAGCAGGAGAUGAUGAAUCCAAGUUAGAUGAUGCACAUUCAUUAGGCUCUGGUGCUGGAGAAGGAUACGAGCCAAUCAGUGAUGAUGAACUAGAUGAAAUUCUGGCAGGUGAUGCAGAAAAGAGGGAGGACCAACAGGAUGAGGAAAAGAUGCCAGAUCCAUUAGAUGUGAUAGAUGUGGAUUGGUCUGGUCUUAUGCCAAAGCAUCCAAAAGAACCACGAGAGCCUGGGGCUGCACUCUUAAAAUUCACACCUGGAGCUGUAUUGCUGAGAGUUGGAAUUUCUAAAAAGUUGGCAGGUUCUGAACUCUUUACCAAAGUCAAAGAAACAUGUCAGAGAGUUUUAGAAAAACCAAAAGAUGCAGAGAGUCUUUUUGAACAUGAAUUGGGAGCUCUUAACAUGGCUGCAUUACUACGAAAAGAAGAAAGAGCAAGUCUUCUUAGUAAUCUUGGACCAUGCUGUAAAGCAUUAUGCUUCAGACGGGAUUCUGCAAUCCGAAAGCAACUUGUUAAAAAUGAGAAGGGUACUGUAAAACAAGCUUACACGAAUGCUCCAGUGGUAGACAAUGAAUUAUUACGAUUGAGCCUUCGGUUAUUUAAGCGGAAGACUACUUGCCAUGUUCCAGGACAUGAAAAGACUGAAGAUAAUAAACUUGCACAGUCCAGUAUCCAACAGGAACUGUGUGUGUCUUAAAACUGAAGUUCAGUAUGACAUUUUUGGUACUGUCUUCCUUCAGCAGCAGUACAUAUUCCUUUUCAAAGUUCUAUGAUUUGACAGGCAUUAUUAGUGACAAAGACAGAAAAGAUUUAUCAGCCAUGCUAAAAGAGUGAAGAAGAACUUUGAUCUUUAGAGACAUUAGAUUUGGCUAACUUCAUAUUUCACAUUAGUUUUUACACAGUACUUGAUACUCAUGCAGAAUAAUGUGAAAGCAUCUAGAUUUAGUAGUUUAUUCUGUACCUUUUGUUAAAACUGAAGAUUUUGGAAAACUGUUGUCAGUGCUCUUCCAGCCUAUGGAUAUUUUUUAUGAAACAGAGCCACUGAUUUAUGUUCUGGAUGACCUGUACAGAAACUACAAUUUUAUUCAGAAACAGUGCAUUUGUCAAAGUAAUUGCACACAUUGUGCACCACCAUGUUGUACAGAACAUUUGAAAGGGAAUGCUAGUCUAGCAUGGUAUGUUCGUACGCAGAUCUCCAGCAGGAUGGAGCCAACAUAUUUUU